CGAUCAUAGAAAUUAAAAUACACACAUGCUUUUGCAGUUUUUAAUAUUGCUGGACGACAGAACGCUUCCGUUUCGCUGGGAGUGCGGAUUGUUUCCAGCUGCUUUAGUUAGCUUACCUGGUGAAAAGUGUGCUUGAAUUGUUCAGUUUUUCCGCCCGAUUUCAUUGGGCAUUCGUUUUUGCCUGCAUUUACGAGGUCGAACGAGCAUUAACACCCUCGCAGCUACAAGCUGCAGUUCAAUCGAAUCAUACGGAUAAAGCAGUUUACUCAUUCCAGCUGCGUCCGUCCAGCGAACAGCAUCCCGAUAUCCUGGUUUCCGCCUCCUCCGAGGCUGUACAUUUUAUUUCGCUCCGCGGGCAAAAAGGAAUCGCGUGCGGGUAAAUAACAAAAACAAACCCAAAGUAACCGUAAAUAUUUAAAACAAAUUCGCAAUCUGCGCAUUUAAAUACCAACUGUUGGUAUAUUACGAGAACCGAGAAACACAAAUAAUGAGUGCAAAAAUACGCGCGAAACUAUAACUUUAAUUCAAAAACUUAAAAACCGCUGCGAUUUCAGUAAAUACAAAAGUUAUUGCGGAAUAUACGUAUAUAAAGCACAAAUCGGGCGAUAAAGAAUAUUACAAAUCGGCAAAGAGUUUUGCGAAAAGGGGGAAUACAAAAAAUACUAACGCCGGUGCAGAGUGUAAAAUGCCAAAAACUUUUGUGCGCCUCAACGUACAAAAAUUGUAAAGACGCGAAUAUAGUUUCGAUUUCCGCUGGGAAAACCCCAAAUACAGAAAGAGUCUUUAGGAUAAACGACUCAAAAUGCUGCCAUUGUCGUUGGCCAGCGCGGAGGUCAAGCAGAUUCAGCGCGAUAUAUCCAUCUCCAUGUCGCCAGCGAGUGGAGCAGCCAUCGCUCCGGCCACCACAAAUGGCAAUGGUGUUGCCUCCGUCUCCGGCGGAAAUCCAAAUCCUAACAGCCUCCUCACACUGGCUCCGCGCAAGGAGGAGUUACGCUUCCUGCCCCUCGCAUCCAUGGGCGGCAACAAAACCUGCAACAUCACCAUCAGCAAUGUCCAGCCAAUGAAAUCCAAACUGACGGCGGUCAACAUAGUGCCAAAUUCCAUAAAGUCCACUGGUGCAGGCGCCACUGCUGGAGCAGCAGCUGCACCUCUGUUCCAGCUGGUGCCAUCGCCCAGCAAUCCUAGUCAGCCGUUGGUGGCCAUUCUGGCACCGAAUCGCAAACCCACGCUGCUUGGCGGCGGUGCAUCCAAUCCCCAAUCUGUAGUCAUACGCUCCGGAACACCUUUGCACAAGAGCAGCCUGACCGUUGACACCAGCGUGACGCCCGUGCAGCCAGGAGGAUCGGGUGCAGCAGGCGCAGUGGGAGGCGCAACUGGAACUGGAGGAGCACCUUUAACGCUCGUGGGCAAAACGGUCGUUCCACCGAAAAUACAAACGGCAGCACCUGUCCAGAUUCCCAGCACGGGUCCGGGUGCUCAGAUCUCCCUGCUGGCCAAUCCACUCAAGCCACGUGCGCCGCUCAUACUCAGCAAGGUGGCGGUGGACAAGCUGCGUCUAAAGUUCAACCAGGUCAAGAACAAUCCAAAUGCCCUCGUUCUCGGCAAAGCCAAUCAUGUGAAGAAACUUCUCCCAUCGCCGAACCCCAGUGGCGAGGAUAAGACCAAGAGUGUCCAGAACAACAACAAACAUAAAAAUAGUGCCAGCCAACAACUGAAGACAGUUGUUGCAGCCAAAACGAUGCCCGUUGUCACGGAGGAGCCGACCAUUAAUAACAACAACGCAAGCCUUAUUAAGGCCAAGCCCGUGGCCAUGAAGUCAGUGCCGCUGCCCAUCCAGGAAACGCCCACUGUGCCGGCAGUGGCGCCAGUUAGUACAGCUCCAGAGAAGGUUGAUGCUAGGCCCACUGCAAAGCCCACAACCAAGACAAUACCCAAACCAACUCCAAAACCUUUGGAGAUUUCCACAAAUGGCCCAGCUAAGGAGAAAAACGUGCCAGCCCAGGAGCAGAAACAGAAGCCAAUGGACACUCCACGACUGCAUCCACUGCAACCACCGGUGACCACGGAAAUCCCUCAUCUCCCGCCGGCUGUGCCCAAGGAUUUGCCCAAGCUGAAGCGCUCGAAGUCCUUCGUGUCCAACCAUCCCCCUUCACCAGUGGCCAGCAACGAGCGUCGUCAUUCGGUCGCCAUAAUGGCCAAGGAGGUGGAUGUGAUCGAGCAGCCCAGUGCGCCCAUUGAGACCAUCACAAUAGAAGAUGACGAUGAGAGCGAGGAGGAGCAGCAGAAGCCGAAAAAGGAGGAGACGCCGAAGCAGAAACAGAUGACGAUGCCCAUUCUGCCCGCAGGGAUAACCAUUUCCACCACCAGCAGAGCGGUGGCCAAAAAGAAACCCGUGAGAAAGAACUCCUCCGUGACGACAAUCUCUUCCAGUGCCAGCGGCAGUUCGUCCAACAGCGAUGUGGAGGAGGUGCCAGCCAAGAAAAUCGAGGAGGAACUGAGUCUGCUGCCUGGCAUAAGCAUCAUUAAGGCGGAAUCUCUGCCACUGAGCAGGGAAGACUUUGAGCGUUCGUUGCGCUGCGAUGAGCAGGUGCCCCAAACUCCUCCCAAGUCCUCCUCUUCCUCCUCCUCGAACGGCUCUAAUGCAUCGGAAACGUCGCCGCCGCCCAAAUUAGCCGAUCCUAAGCCAGCACGUCCACCUGUAAAGAAUGGAAAGAAAGCCCACGACCAUGAUGUGUUCCCAUCUCCCGGCAACAAGACCAAUACCUUUAAAAGGAGCAUGAUGCAGAACUUGACCAUGCUGAAAUGGCGCGGCCAGCAGCCGGCCAACCUGCAGAACUCCACCAUCCGGUUCGAGCUGAACCAGUUCAACCUCCUGCAGAUAAACGAGCGUUGCCAGCCGCGCGAAGGACCAGCUGCAUACUUCGAGCGGCCUCUGUAUGAUCGUCCGGGACGCCGCCCAUCGGGCAGCAUCCAUCCGCUGCUCUAUUUGUGCCAGCGUUGCAAUUGCCACGGUCCCGCCGCCGACUUUCUGGCACCACAUUUCUGCUCUGUUGCCUGUGUGCGUCGAUCCCAGAAGCGUCGUCUGCCGCCGGCUACUCAAAAGGACAGCAAGAUAAGCCGUACCCAACUGGAGCAAACAGCUGGAACCGUGCCAGAUCCGCCACAAAAGCAGCAAGCCAACUACAAAACCCAAACUAAAUCUCUGUCUGCCAUACAAGAACAGCUGCAGCAACGUCAAAAGGAUAAGGCUAGGAAGCCAUUCCGCUGGAGCGAGUACCUCAAGUCAAAGGGAAAGGAUGUGGCAGCGCCCAUCCACCUGUUCCUUAACCCGUUCCCCAUCAGCCCCAACUGUUUCGAGCGCGGCAUGAAGCUGGAGGCCAUCGAUCCGGAGAACUGCUCACUCUUCUGUGUCUGCAGCAUUGUCGAGGUGCGUGGAUAUCGGCUGAAGCUUAGCUUCGACGGCUACUCCUCCAUGUACGACUUCUGGGUUAAUGCCGACUCGCAGGACAUCUUUCCGCCAGGCUGGUGCGAUGAGACAGCACGCGUUCUGCAGGCGCCCAAGGACUACAACUCGGAGCGCUUCAGUUGGAGCCGCUACCUGGUAAAAACGGGCGGCAAGGCGGCUCCGCGGGCGCUCUUCGCUCAUUUGAAUAUGCAGCAGCAGAUGGGAGUUCGCAACGGAUUCGCUGUGGGCAUGCAUCUCGAGGCGGAGGAUUUAAAUGACACGGGAAAGAUUUGUGUGGCCACAGUGACGGAUAUUCUGGACGAGCGUAUUCGAGUCCACUUCGAUGGCUGGGAUGACUGCUACGACCUGUGGGUACACAUCACCUCACCGUACAUCCAUCCCUGCGGCUGGCACGAGGGACGCCAGCAGUUGAUUGUGCCGCCGGACUACCAGAAGUCGGCGUUCAAUUGGGAUGACUACAUAUCAGAGGUUGGAGGAAUGGCCGCCUCAAAGGAGCUGUUCACACCACGCCAGCCAAUGGAGUACCAGGCACGCAUGAAACUGGAGGUGGUGGACCAGCGUAAUCCCUGCCUGAUUCGUCCGGCCACUGUGGUGACGCGAAAGGGUUACCGGGUUCAGCUGCACCUGGACUGCUGGCCCACGGAGUACUACUUCUGGCUGGAGGACGACAGUCCGGAUCUACACCCCAUCGGCUGGUGCGAGGCCACCUCGCACGAACUGGAAACGCCGCCUGGCUAUCUCCAGACCAAGUCCGUGAUGCCCUGCGAUGUGGAGGGAUGUCGGGGCUAUGGCAACGCCAAGCGCUUCAAUCUCAAUGUGCAUGCUUUGCGGGAUUGCUGUCCGUAUGCGCCGGAGAACUGGCGUCAGUGGCGCUCCAAGACGGUGAAGCCACCGCGUGUGGCGCCCGAGAAUAUCAGACGUGGAUGGGCGAAGAAACCAAAGCGAGCCAGUUCGGAGGCCAAGCAAGCCGUUAAGGAUGACUCCCAUCCUGAGGUUAUCCAGCCAAAAACGACGGCAAAGGCGCAAGCCAAGCGAAAGACGCCUCCACCGAAGGAGAAGGUUGUGAAAAAGCAGAAGCAGGAUGUAGAGCAGGUGCCAGAUGAACGCUCCCUGGCCAUAGCCAAGUCCUUUGUGAAGGACUACGGACCACAGUUCCUGCAAAACUAUCGUCUUUGGCAGCAGAACAGCGCCUUUGACUUGGACGAUGUGCGCUCCAAUCCGCUCCACUGGACCAGCUGGGAUGUGUGCGAGUACAUCGAGCGUGCCCUGAAUUCCACUGACAUUGCCAAACUGAUCCUCGACCAGGACAUCGACGGCAGGGCGCUGCUGAUGCUGGGGCGCCAGGAGUUGGACAAGUACCUGAAGCUUAAGGUGGGCCCGGCCGUAAAGCUCUACUCGCUGAUUGUGAGUCUGCGCAUCGCGGUCGUCUCCAAGUUUGGUUCCAAUACCACUGGACUGGCGAUCAAUGCCGAUGCUGCAAAUCUAGGGGAAGACACCCCUCUGGCUGCGAUAAAGCAGCAGCAGGAGCAGUCCCAGAGCAACGGCUACAAGGCGGAGCACGACCAGGAGCUCUCCGAGAGCGGGGACGACGAGGACGUGAUGCUCGACAGCGAUGACUUUCUUAGCGUUAAGCCGAGCUGCCUGGUGAUUGACGAGGACGCCGAUGGCGAUGGCGACGCCGAUGUGGUGAUGGUGCCGCUGGAAGUGCGCAUGCCCUUGCGCACGGCUUCCUAGGACUCCGGUUACCAGGCAUCUCGCUUCCGUUGAUUGAUUUGUAAGAUUAUUUUGUUGCACCGGCCUCGGCCCAAUCGGGUAUUAUGUUUAUAGGUAGUAUUUAUUCUAUAAGCCGAUAUGAAUUCGAUUUUGUUUGUUUUUUGCCCCCUCAUCCAAUAAAUGAUCCCUCUAGAUAUGUAA